AUGGAGCAUAUCAAUUAUGAAAUUGGAUUUCAGAAGGGGGCUGAAGCCCACCUCCUAAUCCUUACUUCGAGGGAAGGGAUCUUGAUGAGUAUGGAUGACAUGGACACUUCGCAAGUGUGGAGCUUCAAGUACAGGUUUUGGCCAAACAACAAGAGUCGGAUGUAUGUCCUAGAGAACACUGUUAUUUCAGGAGACUUUGUUAAAUCACAUGGCUUACGACUUGGAGACUUCAUCAUGUUAUACAGAGAUGACCACAAACAGAAAUAUAUUAUUCGAGCAAAGAAGACUUUAGACCGGGAGGCACCUCCUAUUUUUUCAAAGAAUGGCUUAUUCAAUGCUAACACUGCCGAUGAUCAGCUGGUGCCCAACAUGGGGGUAAGUAAAUCAAGCUACUUCCAUGUAAAUCUUCCAGUUACAGAUGAGAUGUGCAUGGGGUUCCUCCUCAACGAUGCCUUCUCAUCGAAAUUUCUGAUAGAUCUUUGGAACGGAAGGCUUCAGUCCACGACCAGCUUUGGGUCUGUCGAGAGCUUGUCUCUUGAUGACUUCCCAUGA